AUGUUAAUUAAACCAUGGAAUGAAAUACCUGCUCCUCGUCAUACACUUGAUGACGAAGUAGAUGAUGCAAUUCCAUCGCCUAUACCUAACAUAUUGGUUGAAUUGAAUCAGAAUAUUACUUCGAUGGAUUAUAUCGUCAUAUCUCCUAAGACUUUAAAGGUAUUGGUUGAAGAUUUGCCGAAUGGUAAAGCAGUGGGAUACAUAAAUAUUGAAUAUCCGCAAUUAGCAGACUUACAAACUAACGAUGAAGAUGAUGAUGUAUACGAUGAAGAUGAACAGUUGUAUACGGCAGUCAUGAGAAAGUCGUUAAUUGAUAAAUACGGGAAGUUGAAAAUACCUAUUGUACAACACGAUGAUAGAUACUUGAGUGUCAAUAUACCUCAUUUCCCAAAUAUCAUAGCAAACAAUAUAUUGGCCCAGAAACUUACCGAAGAACUUGACAAAACAAUCAACAAGGCAUGGAUCAUUUUGUCUCCUUCGCUCAUCAGUAGUAACGAGACUAUUAACAAGUUAGAAGUCGAUUUUGAUAUGCAGACGCCAGAUAUUUACGCAGCUAUUCCGAGUUUGAAACCACCACAUUUUAUCACCGGCAUAGGAGCUUCUUUCAAUUCUCAAAUAUCUUUGUUGCGCCAGCCUAGGUUGAUGUCGCUAGUUUUGAGAUCUGAAGGACAAUCAGGAUUUGAGAAAAUUGAUACAGAUGCGUUCGUCGAUGCGUCUUUUGUCUUGAAUGAGCUCUUGGUCGGUACUUCGGACCAGGGAAAUUAUUUGAAGCAAGUAAGUUCAACGGUAAGGAAGAUAAACGGUUAUUCCAAUUCUGGUAUGUAUAUAUAG